UCUCAUAUUAACAUUGUCUCUCCAUCCAGGCAUUCGUACUGCGACCAUCACCCUAGAGCCUGAGAACAUUAAGGAAAUUAGAGGAACGUAUAGUACGUGCAGGAGACUCCAUUCUCCCUCAGUGUUGGACACCUUCUCUCCUACUCCAUGUCAGAUUCCAACACAACUGACUUCACCAACCCCUCCACCUUCAUCCUGCUGGGCAUUCCUGGCCUGGAGGCGGCCCACGUCUGGAUCUCCAUCCCCUUCUGCAUCAUGUACGCCAUAGCCAUGUUAGGAAACUUCACCAUCCUGUUCAUCGUGAAGAGGGAGCCGAGCCUUCAUGUGCCUAUGUACUAUUUCCUCUGCAUGCUGGUCAUCACUGACCUGGUCCUGUCCACAUCCAUCUUGCCAAAAACACUGAGCAUCUUCUGGUUCAAUUCCAGGGAGAUCAAUUUCAGUGCCUGCCUCAUCCAGAUGUUCUUCAUUCACUGCUUCUCAGUGAUGGAAUCUGGGAUCCUCGUGACCAUGGCUUUGGAUCGCUAUGUGGCCAUCUGCCACCCCCUGAGACAUUCCACCACUCUGGCAAACCCAGUGGUGGCUAAGAUUGGCCUGGCCGUGGUGCUGCGUGGCAUCAUGCUCAUACUGCCCUAUCCCUUACUGGCGAGGCAGUGGCCAUAUUGCAAAAGCAACAUUAUCCCCGACAUACACUGCACGCACAUAGCAGUGGUGAAGCUGGCUUGCGCCGACACCCACAUCACUAAUUAUUACAGCCUCUUUGUGCUAUUCUGCGUCAGGGGUCUGGAUAUGUUUUUUAUUGCUGUGUCCUAUACCCAGAUCCUCAGGGCCGUCUUCAGCCUCCCCACACAGGACGCCCGGCUCAAGACUUUUGGGACCUGCAGCUCCCACCUCUGUUCCAUCUUAGCCUUUUACAUCCCAGCUCUCUUCUCCUCCCUCACAUACCGAUUUGGCUACAAUGUGGCCCUGCAUUUCCAUGUUCUCAUUGGCAACGUGAGCCUCCUGGUGCCACCCAUGCUAAACCCCAUCAUCUACGGUGUGAGGACCAAACAGAUCCAGGACAGGCUGCUCUGGCUCUUUUCUCAUAAAGACAUCUGA